GUAUACAUGUAAAUGUGUAUGAAUUUGACUUUAGACUGGGAGAGAGAGGGUGUGUGAAAAGGGUGAGAGAGACGUCAGAUAGAAACCACUGGUUCCUGCAAAUAGAAGCAAGUGACUCCAUCCUCUCCCUUUCACAUAGAAACUCUCUCUUCAGGAUAAGAUGUCUUUCAUAUUGGGAGCUCUUGACAAACUGGCUUAUUUUUUUUCUCUGAUAGCCUUUUGUGUCAGCGUGUCUUACAGCUGGGUGAAAUGAAAGCUGCCACUUCUGAUCUGGCUUCGAAAAAUAUAUAGAUUUUUGCAUUUUUGCUGAUUGCACAUGGAUUGCUAGAGCUUUUCAGUUUGGACACAUCAUUGAUUUGCCUCAGGUGUUACUGUUGAAUAUGAACCUCUGUAAGAUGCCUUCACUCAUUGUGUUGAGGGUUUGCCACUUGCUGCUGUUGGCACUGUGCAUAUUUGCUAGUGACGACUUUGACUGGACCAGAAACGAAAAAGAAUCGUUUCACUAUGGCAUAUUUCCUUCAGGAUUCUCUUGGGGUGUUGGCAGUUCAGCAUAUCAAACAGAAGGAGCAUGGGAUAAAGAUGGAAAAGGAAAAAGUAUCUGGGAUGUGUUCUCGCAUAAAAAAGGAAGAAUUCACCUAAAUGAUACUGGUGACUCUUCCUGUGAAGGCUACUACAAAGUCAAGGAUGAUAUCUCCUUGAUGAAAGACAUGAAGCUGAACCACUAUCUUUUCUCCAUCUCCUGGCCAAGGAUUCUGCCCACUGGGAUUAAGACUGAAUACAUCAACGAGAAAGGGAUAGAGCAUUACAACAACCUGAUUAAUAUGCUAAUUGAGAACAAGAUCACACCCAUUGUGACACUUUAUCACUGGGACUUACCUCAGGUUCUGGAGGAGAAAUAUGGAGGUUGGCAAAACACAAGUAUGGUCAACUACUUCAAUGAUUUUGCCAACUUGUGCUUUGAGAGAUUUGGCAACCGAGUCAAAUACUGGAUAACCUUCAACAAUCCUUGGUCUGUUGCUGUGGAGGGUUAUGAGACUGGAGAACAUGCUCCUGGUCUGAAGCUGAAGGGUACUGGUGUCUAUAAUGCUGCCCACAACAUCAUUAAGGCUCAUGCUAAAGUCUGGCACACGUAUGACGCUCAGUGGCGAAACAAGCAGAAAGGAAUGAUUGGCAUCUCCCUGUCCACUGACUGGGGAGAACCAGUAGAUGUUACCAAUCAACGUGAUAUAGAAGCUGCUGAAAGAUACGUUCAGUUUUACCUGGGCUGGUUUGCCACACCACUCUUUUUUGGAGACUAUCCUCAAAUAAUGAAAGAUUACGUAGGCAAGAAGAGUGCCCAUCAGGGCCUGAGUAGCUCUCGCUUGCCUACUUUCAGCCCUCAAGAGAAAAGUUAUAUAAAAGGUACCUGUGACUUUCUGGGUAUCUCCCAUUUCACUACUCGAUACAUCACGCAAAAGAAUUUUCCCUCCAACCGUGGAAACAGCUACUUUACCGACCGCGACCUUGCUGAGCUGGUGGAUCCACGCUGGCCUGACCCUGGAUCAGAGUGGCUUUACUCUGUGCCAUGGGGAUUUCGCCGCCUGCUCCACUUUGUGAAGACCCAGUAUGGAAAUCCAAUGAUAUACGUAACAGGAAAUGGCGUAUCAGAGAAGAUGGUGUGCACAGAUCUCUGUGAUGACUGGAGAAUGCAGUACUACAGGGAUUACAUCAAUGAAAUGCUCAAGGCGGUUAAAGAUGGUGUGAAUAUAAAGGGAUACACAGCUUGGUCACUGCUUGACAAGUUUGAAUGGGAUGAGGGCUACUCUGAAAGAUUUGGUCUGUAUUAUGUGGACUUUGGGAGCAAGAAUAAACAACGCUAUCCUAAAGCAUCAGUUCAGUACUACAAGCGCAUCAUUAGCUCCAAUGGUUUCCCCAACCAAAGAGAGAUUGAAGGCUGGAAAAGAAAAGCGCUGGAAACAUGCACCUCGAGUAACCAGCUCCUUGCUGCAGAUCCAUUAAUCAGCCACAUGGAGAUGGUCACAGAGAUUGUUGUCCCCACCGUGUGCACUGUCUGCAUUCUGAUCAGUGCUGUUUUUCUCAUGUUUCUGCUGAGAAGAAGAAUAUAAAGCAGACUUCUUUACAUUUACACAACUAUAUUAUAUUUUCACAUUGCAUUUACUAUUAUUACAUUUGAUAUGCAGAGACUUGU